AAUGUCAAGGAACUCCAUCCGCGCUGCGUCACUCAGUCGCAGCCGACAUGUCUGCGCGCGCGCUCCUCUGCGCCGGCCGCCUCGCGCUCGCCUCCACCGCGCUCGUCGCCGUCGCAACCUCCUCGAUACUCCUAAGUGGGAACGAUAUUACGUGCAGUAAGGAUGGGCUCCACGCCGACUUCGAUACCGAGUGCCAAGAAUACGUCCGCUGCUCGUCGGGGAUAGUGAGAGGACGCUACGCGUGUCCCGCGGGGCGCGUAUUCAGCGACGUAGCCGGAGCUUGCGUCCCGCGUCAUAGCUAUCCCUGUGCCCAACGCAUCUGUGCUACCGGAGAUACUUUGGCCUACGCUACGCCUGGGACUGCGUGCCGUCAUUACUACCGCUGUGAAAAUGGCACCGCUGUCGACCACGCUUGCCCCUCGGGCUCGUGGUUCGACCUAGCUAGACAAGCGUGCUCGCGUGGUGCGGGGACCUGCUACGAGCCUGUAUGUGCGGGACUACCCGAUGGCAAAUAUCCGGACUCUUCGCACGAGUGCCGGCGUACUCUGCAGUGUCGCGGGGCAGAGCUGCGCGCCGUGGUGUCGUGCGUCGGAGUAUGCGUGAGCACGUGCCCGCCACCCCGCUCCACUGCUGUUCCUCUCCCUGCUGGAGACGCAGACUUCUGCUCGGACGAGGCGUGCUCCUCGCUGUGCCAGCACACCCCGGACGGCGCUUACGCAGAUCGUUCGACAGGCUGCCGGGAAUACUUCGUAUGUGAAUCACAUCGCGUUAUCAGACGUGGCGUUUGUGAAGCGGGCCUGCUAUUCUCGGGAAGCGGCUGCGAGUCGGCGGAGGGAGCUUACUGCCCACCGCCCGCACGAAGUCCCUGCUUCAAUCGACAAGACGGGCUCUAUAGAGACUGGAAGGACUGUUCUUCUUGGUUCGAAUGUCGUCGCGAGAGAGUGACCGCCCGGGGUGUGUGCGAAUUAGGUUUCGUGUUUGACGGCGUCGGGUGCGUUCCUAAGAAGUCUUACUACUGCGAAGGUCCCGACCCGGCUGCAGAAUGCGAGGGUAUGCCGAGCGGAACUUAUCAGGACCUCGAUUCGAAUUGCACACGAUAUUUCCAUUGCGAGGGCACUCUGCGCACGAGUUUGGCGUGCCCGGUCGGACAAGUUUUCGAUGGUGCGAGGUGUACGCCGGCUUUUCAAUACCUUUGCCCGAGUUUGGACCGGGAUUCGUGCUACGGGCGAGUAGAUGGUCGCUAUAGAGCGGUGGACGCAGGCUGUCGCGGGUUCUACGCGUGCAUCAAUGGAAAGAAAGCAGUGUACGCGUGUCCUUCGAGGCGAGUGUUCGACGGUGACGUGUGCGUCCCGGCACACCCGGCGGUCUGUCCGCAAGAAGACUACAGCUGCUCCGGACUCUCGGACGGCUACCAUGCGGAGCUGAAGUCCAAUUGCCACAGAUACUUUUACUGCGAGGGCGGCGACAAACUAGCAACACUCUCCUGCCUGGCAGGCAAGAUAUUCGACGGUCAUGCGUGUGUGGAGCCCACGCGCCACGUAUGCGGAGCUCCACGACGGGACAUCAUAGAACACGGCGGGAGAUAUUGCGAAAGAGACGGCUUCUUCGUCCAACAGGGCACUGAGUGCAAGCAUUACUACUUCUGCGUGUCCGGCGUGAGAACAUUCCUUACCUGUCCUCCAAAACAGGUGUUCAACGGCCAAGUGUGCGUGCGCAAAGACCAGUACACAUGCCCAGGCUGAAUGUGAACUAACGGACGCUGAUUUAAACGCUCAAGCCGGUCGCACCGGCGUUGACACUGCCCUUAGUACGAAUCUCGUGGUUGUUUUACGAGUGAAAUGGACCCAAACUUUCUUUUUUACUGCGACAUAGCCAAAAGGAAGGAUUAUGACUUUAGCAGUCUAUGUAGGUCACCGUAGUGCCGAAACUACUGAGCCGAUUUUGAUUGAAUCGAUUCGUUUUAUGGUCCGGGUGACAUAGGCUAUAUUUUAUUUAUAACAUUUUAUAGAAACUAUGUUAAGCAUUUUUUAUGAGGAGUUACUACCUACUUUAUCGGGUUUUAGUUUUGACUUUAUUUUAACGUCGUAAAUUCUCAACCAAUUUUUGUUUCACAUAGCAUGUAAUGAACAGUUAGUGGGACUAAAGGAUCUAGUUAUCGAAUUAUAGUUAGACAUCGAAUUUCAAAACUUGUACUAAGGGUACUGCAUGAUUCAUGAACCGAGAAGGACACUGAGGAGACACGAUGUACCUGACUGUAAAGGCUGACCAUGUCAAUGACAUUUGUAUAAGCUGCUCUAUUAAUAAACGUGGAAUAGUUUUUGUUUGAACGGCUUGUCAAUUUUAAAUGUAGGUAUAAAACUCCUUAGUACCUCCGUAAGGAGUUUGUAGAGACCGAUAUUGAUCGACGAUCGGACACAGAAUCAAUGGUUUUCACAUAGCUAUCAAGGCAGACUUAGUCACACCAUAAAGGUUUGUUUUUUACCAUUUUGGUAUGGAACUCCAAAGUUACUAUACAACAAGAAACCUAUAGAUAACUUAAUAAAAUAAUACGGAGCCUGCUAAAUCUAUACCGUAUUCUACGUUUAUUAAUAAGAUGAAUUUUAUUAGGCAAUUAUUUUAGUAUUUAUUAAUUGUAGAAUAAUGUAAAUAGUUCACUGCCCUUUUAAAUAUUUAUAUGCUGCACUUUCAUUAAAGUACCUCAUUAAAUAAAAAAGCAAGUUUAAUUUAUUCAUUUUAUUGGCAUAAAAACUUUAAGCGACCUAUGUAGAUGACAUACAGCUAAUAAUUACACAGUGACUUUUAUCUUACAGUGUUAAUUUACAAACACAAUAUUAAGCUCCGUGAAUAAAAAAAUAUUUUAUCUUUAACAUAAAAGUAUUUUUUUUUAAUAUAUCUUUUAUCCGAACCAUAGAUAAUAACAAAAUAGAAUACCUUAGAAAUAUUAAUUAGGUAGGUACUAUUCAUUAAAUUAAUAUAGUCCGUCAAAUUCAUUAAAGUGCAAUCUCUGAUUGUAAAGGACAUUUUAUACUUACAUGGUUGAUUUGAUGCGAAUUUGACGAACUAUACCUACAAGGUUAUAAUAAAGUAGCUUAGGUACUCUCAUGCCAUGGAUGGUGAAAACCAACAAUUUCUGUUUAAAAUAUAAAAAUAAUUCUAAAUGGAAAUAUUUUUUUAGACUCCACGUGAAUGUUCUACUUACAUGUAGCAAGUAGCAACGCAGAGUUUUUGGUAUUGAUUCUUGAUUUUAUGUUGGAAAAUAAACAAGCUCAAUAACAAAAAAAAAAUUUGGUACCUACCACACCCUUGCAACUUAAAAUACUUAAAAAAAUCUUUGUUUUAAUAAUAUCAAAUAUUCACCGCUCAGAACAUUUCUGUAUUUUAGAAAUAACCCUGUAGGUAUAACAUAACUCAAGAAUUAAUUUUAAAUAAUAAUAAUAGUCAAACUGCGAUUGAGACUAGUCCAGCCAAGACUAUUAGAUUCACAAAUCGUAUAUCUAAAAAUAUAUGUUUGGCAACGAAUCAAAAAGCCUUUAAUAUUUUAUACAUUUACCUAUAUUCAAUAAACGCUAUUUUUAAUUAUUCCAAAUUUUUAUCUACAAGUUAAUUUUAUUCUUUUCUUCGCUAAGGCUUCUUAUCCAUUAUAACAAAACGGGGCGGAGGUAAUUCAUUAGACCAACCGAUCAGAUUAUUGAUAGACGUAACUAAACGUAGAUAACGUCUCUCAAUAUAAUUUGGUUGGUACGUUUCUAAUCUUCUCCGCUCCGGUGGAUAGGUAGCCUUAAUCUCAAUAAAAAAUUCGAAUAGGUAUUGAAAGACAGUAAAGCCAUGCGCAUAUCACAACGGGCAGUAUUGCGAAAAGUCGCCGACUAUUCGUUUCAUACGAACUUAAUUGUUGAAAAUAUGUUCGAUGCAUAUGCGAACUGCCGGAAUGUACGCAAGUCUUUGCGUGUUACCACAUCCAUUCGACGACGUCCAUCGAUGUCCUCGAUCGAAACAAAUCAAAUCAAAUCAAUUUUAUUUGCUUAAAUGCAGGUUAAAAUAGUUAUUACAAAUUCGUUUUGGUAUCACCACAUUUGCCAUGGAAUGGCGUGCAAAUUACGUACGUGCGUGAAAAGUCCAUAUUACCUACUCAAUUUUAAAUCAAAAAAUUCCUUAAGCUCAUAAAAAUUGUCCAUGUUAAGCCAUUUAAACAGUCCAGUUUUGAAUCUAUUUAAAGGCAAUAAUUUGAUGUUAUUAGGGAUUUUGUUAAAUAUUUUAAUACACAACAUAACACAAUUUUUACAAAAUACUAAGUCCUAGGUAUAUAGUUCAAAACUAAACGAUCAGGAUUUCUAUUGCUACGAGUAUGAUCAUAAUAUGUAUUGCUUGCAAUUGUAAAUAAUGUCUUGUGUUUUUUAACGAAGCAACAGAUUUCAAAUAUAAACAAGGAAACGGUAGUAAUUUUAACUUUUUAAAUAAUGGUCUGCAACUGGCCAGAGGUGCAGCGCCGCACAUAGCACGUAUACAUUUUUUUUGGGUGAUGAAGGCUCUAUUCACAUCAGUG